UAGUCGACUGAUCCUUUGGAGUUGCAGUGCUGCUACUUCUGAGACCUCGGCCCGGGCCGAUGACCACGAGAUGGAGGAUGCCGCAACUUCGAAUCCAGCUCCACCCAACACUGUUAUCGAUCUUCCUGAUGAUGAUGAGGAUGAAGAGCCGCUGAAGCAUAGGAGGAGUCGAAAAGCGCCCGCCAGCAAGGUGCCUCAGGAUGUGUCAGCGCCUGAAAUUCUGACUGUGGAGGGAGAGAACACCACUCGACACACGGUGACCUUCGCGACUCCACUGACGAGUGCUCAGCAGCCCUCCCUCUUCACGACUCACCACGUCCCAGAGGACCAAGCUGGUGCGGCGAAGGAGGCGAUACGCCAGGCGGGACUCAUGAUGGAGCAGCUGAAGACCAUCCGGGAUGUUGCUGAUGGGGCCACGCCUGUCAGCGGUUGUGUCUCGGAGGGUGGCCGGUGCAUGCAUCCCGUGGACAAACCGUGCAUGCCCCGCCUGAAAUUUCCAUGCCCCGACGAGGGCAAGAGUGGUAUUUCGCAUUGUCCAGCACCACAUGGCUUCCACUGA